UUCCGUCUUCCUUUUCUGUAGGCUGCCAUCUGACUGCUAGAGGAAGACAUUAAAACUCUCUAAGUCCUACUGAGAUGGGAAGAAUCAUCCUUUAUGAGCGUUCCAACUUCCAGGGUUUGUCCAAAGAAUUCACUUCUGAUAUUGCCAAUCUAAGAGAUGCAGAUUGGAAUGAUCUUGCCUCCUCUGCAAAAGUAAUUGGCCAGCCUUGGGUGCUUUAUGAGCAUUCAAACUACGGAGGCCGAUUUCUGGUACUCGAGGAGGGAGACCAUAACCUUUUUACCUCAAAGAUGAAUAACAAGGUCAGUUCUCUGCAGAUGAUCACUGAAGAUCUGAGCAACCCUGAGAUCACUCUCUAUGAGCAUAUCAACUAUCAAGGGAAGAGCAGAGUAAUAAAAGAAGCAACCAACUUGGCUGCAGGACACGACAAUGACAUCAUGUCUUCCCACAAAGUCCAGAGAGGUGCCUGGCUGCUGUGUGAAAACAGCGAUGGAAGUGGAAUUCAAUACCUUGCUCGAGAACAUGAAAACCUUCCCAAUUACAAGGCAAUCAAUUUCAAUGACAAGCUUUCCUUCCUGCGUCCCCUUCGCUCUGGCCGUUCUUAUUAGAAUGCAAAUCCUCCAAAGCUGAGGAAGAUGCAGCACUAGCAAGAAAAUUUGAGACCUUGUUCUCUGCCUCUGCUUUUGUCACAUUCUUUGUGAUUUGUUUUAAAAUGCCCUUUCAAUCUCAUGGCUUCUGCUAUUGUCUCUAAUCCAUUUUGUCUUGGUGCCAUUAAAGAAGCUCUUGCAAGCAA